AUGAAAGAACAUUGGAAGAAUAGCACCUGCAUCCAACCAGAGAAUCGAAAGCGGGUUUCGGAUAACGAUCGGAAUGACUCUGAUUGCGAAGUACGACUAGAGAUUGAUGAAGGCAACCUUAAUUUUUCAAACAACUGUGAUAGCACAGAGCCACAAGAGAGACCUGAUAUAGAUCUUUAUAACCAAGAAUCUAGCGCUCAAGACUACCGUGAGAGCAAUAAGAGCUUCAAUGGUGGUGGUUAUCCAGGCAACCGGGGCCCGUCUGAAUACAUAAGUCCAUACCACAACAAGCAGCCUUCAAGGCUUCGUCCUAUACUUGAUGCAUUGGAUCAUCUUUCAGAUACAGCGUCGGAUGUGGCAAUGUCAAGGGUUUGCGACGAGGAUCCAGUUUCCGAGCAUCAUAACAAUUACACAGUUCGGGACCCAUCACACGAGCCUUUGCGAUAUGGAAUGUUGAAGUCUUCAGUAAAUUCAUAUGCAACAAUUGUGGAGCAACGAGACGACAAUACGACGAUCCAACCAUCGAUAACAUGA